GUCCCCUGCAAUAGUUCUCCCAAAGUGCGCGCACUAUCAUAACAUCGAAACACGGGAGCGUCGGCCAUUUUUAUCUGCCGUUUUUCGUCGCGUUGCGUCAAGAUGAAGAUCGGUUUGUGCGCGUACAGCGGAUACAAAAUAUAUCCGGGCCAUGGCAAGACCAUGGUUAAGGUUGACGGAAAGACUUUCACUUUCCUCAACUCGAAGUGCGAGUCGGCACAUUUGAUGAGACGCAAUCCAAGAAAGGUGACAUGGACCGUUUUGUACAGGCGAAAGCACAAGAAAGGUCAGGAAGAAGAACAGACCAAGAAGAGGACGAGGCGUACUCAGAAAUUCCAGCGUGCUAUCGUUGGCGCUUCUCUCACAGAUAUCUUGGCCAAACGUAAUAUGAAGCCAGAAAUUCGCAAGGCUCAGAGAGAACAAGCCAUCAAAGCCGCGAAGGAACAGAAAAGAGCGUUGAAGGCAACGAAAAAAGCGGUUGCCGCACCGAAAGCGAAACAAGUAUCAAAACAGAAAGUCGCCAAGGUGACGCAAAAGUCUGCGCCUCGCGUGGGAGGAAAACGUUGAUUCUGUAACUAUAGAAAUAAAGUAAAAUAAUUCUCAUA